CGUGCUCCAAGGCCACAUGUGCCGUGGGGUCAUAGACGACAUCUUCUUCAAGGUUUGAAAUAGGCAUGUCAAACGCACCCGGGCCCUUGCAUUGACUCUAGACGGCUGGGUGGCUCGUGGCCUGCUUGAGAAACCAUCUAUCUAUCUAUCUGGUUGAGGUGCUGGCAUGGCACAAACAGCUUCUUUGUUGUUCAGGCAAAUCACCCCUAGCUCGUUUCUCAAGCCUUCGUCUUGAACAACAGCACCCGCCGUUGAUUCACAUAUCAAUUGAAAGCGGCUUGGGUUGAGUUGUGACUGUGCAGAGUUGGGAUAAAACAUUGCAAGGCGGAAAAAUGGCAGCCACGCUCUUCGAGUCCGUUUUGGCCAUCGGCCUCAAAACCACCGCGUUUCUGCAGUCGCUCUUUCUGUUUCCUUUCAACACGGUAUUGCGAGUCGUGCAGCUUUCCCCCAGUUUCCGCCAAACAGACCAGCCAAUUCUGCCCUGCUCAACCUCUGGCCCUACUGGCCCUACUGGCCCUACUGGCCCUACAUCCUCCUCUUCCGCCGGCGAGGCCCGCAACAUCAGUAACAACAAGGACGACGACGUGGGCGACGGCGGCUGCCACAACGAGACCGGUAUGGCACCCGCCGCAUCCGCAUCCGCAUCCGCCUCUGCGGCCUCUGCGGCCUCUGCGCGAGUCUCCAGCAUCGUCCCUGCUCUUCCCCGCGCUCCUCCCUCUGGGAGAGAAAAUCACGCCCCGGCUGCGGACACUCCGGUGAAGGCCGACGCCCAGCUAGACGCCGCGCUCUCCCGCUUCGAUGCCAACGGGGCGGGGCUGGCAGGAGAGACUCAGUGGCCGGGUGCGCUGCAAAGCGUAAUCGACGGUACAGGAAGCACCACAGGCGACGGAACCGGCAAGUCAACAGCCCAUGACGGCACUGCCUUGCCGCAGCAGCAACCUGAUCGGGUCAACUCGGGCGACGGCACUCCCGAAGGGGUAACACGGGCGCCUCCGGUCCCCUUGACGCAUACGGUUCCUCAGACUAGCAGGCUGAAGGAGACCGCACCGACAAUGCAGCCGGACGGCCCGACGGUGCAGGUCAGCGCCAAGAGGGAGACCCCGGAACAGGCAGCGGAAAAGGCCAUGCACAGCCGGUUUAUGAGGGAGGCUCUGAAUAUGGCCAGACUUGCUCUCAGAACCAAUGAGACGCCCGUCGGCUGCGUGCUUGUUUACAAGGGACGAGUCAUUGCCCGAGGGAUGAACGCGACCAACGUCACCCGUAACGGGACGAGGCAUGCGGAGCUCAUGGCCAUAUCGGCCUUGUUGUCCUACGCCCCCGCCGCCGACCUCGAGCCAGCGAAGGGCGCUGCUGCCAUGGACAAGGCAACGGGAGGGAGAAUGCCCCUGGGCGACCGGACGAACGAGACGCAGGUUGCCGAGGAGACCAGCACCUGGGGCGACGUGGACCCCAGAGACGGCCACCUGUAUCCCUACGGACAGAAGCUGCACCCCUCCCCCCGUGUGGACCCGUCGGUCAUCAGCGAGUGCAUCCUGUACGUCACGGUCGAGCCUUGCGUCAUGUGCGCAUCCUUGCUCCGGCAGCUUGGGAUCAAGAAGGUCUACUUUGGCGCCGUCAACGACAAGUUUGGCGGAACCGGAGGUGUGUUUAGCAUCCAUAAGAACUCACCUUACUCGAUGGCCUCGGCGCCUCCCUCGCCCGCGCCCCAGAACGGCAAGGGCAUCCCGAGACCUGUUCUCGAGCCCCGCCCCGCGUCGACCGACGUGGUCACGGAGAAAUCGACGCCGGCGGACGGAACCAGAGACGAGGAAGACCUCUGUCCCAAUCCCAUUGACACUUCGACGCUUCCUGGCGACGGCGGUAACAUUGAGCGUGGAUACGAGGCCGAAGGAGGCUGGGGCCGAGACGAGGCCGUGACCUUGCUGCGACAGUUUUAUGUUCAGGAGAACAACCGAGCACCUGUCCCGAGAAAGAAGGAAGGCCGAGCUGCUCGUUUAGCGGCUAUGAUGGAGCGUGACGGCCGCCCGAUCGACAUGAGCCUUAUAUCGCAGGAGGAGAACUCCGGAACGAGCACACCUGCCAAGCAAGAGUCGGCAGCUGGCGAACCGGCCGAGUCCAUAGCCGCCUGACCUCCCAACAAGAAGGUGAGGUGUUGAGGUAUCCGCAUAACACGUUUUCAGGAACCUGCUUCUAGGCAUGAUCUUGUCCGGCAGACUGUCGAGGUCAAGACGGAGUAUGAGGACUGUUCUCCCUCGGUAGGAAGCAGUCAAGUCGCGGUUCAUCCUCCAUCAAGGCCGCUUUGGCAAGCCACGUUUUUAUGUAUACAUUGCCAAAUUCAGGAACCCAUCAGAACGCCUCAGCCGUCACUAUGAACGCCUCAGCA